AAAUUGGCCCUAGUGUGUGAAUGUGAGUGUGAAUGUUGUCUGUCUAUCUGUGUUGGCCCUGCGAUGAGGUGGCGACUUGUCCAGGGUGUACCCCGCCUUCCGCCUGAUUGUAGCUGAGAUAGGUGCCAGCGCCCCCCGCGACCCCAAAAAAGGGAAUAAGCGGUAGAAAUGGAUGGAUGGAUGGAUUAAAUUAAUAACAAAACAUUUUAUUUUUCACUAAAGAAGGGUUCGAUGAAUGGGCGAAUAUAACUGGUGGGGUUCGGUACCUCCAACAAGGUUUUGUGGGUUCUUCCGAGGAUGUUGUAGUCGUAAUGAUUUGUGCAGUCCUUUGAGACAUUUGUGAUUUGGGGAUAUAUAAAUAAACAUUGAUUGAUUGAUUGAUAAGAACCACUAGUCUAGUGGGACAGUGCAAAGUUAAGUCGGAGAAAUUAUUUCUCUGCGGCCCGGUAGCAAAUGCGUCAUGUACCGGUAUCGGUGCCCGAACCGGUGGUUGGGGACCACUGUUUUAGAAUAAAUAAAUAAAAAACCUAACUGUGACAGUUUUUUUUUUUUUUUUUCAAAUCCUUCCUAACAAUUUUGGAGCGACUGUGGGAAACGGGUGAGACCUGGACAUGUCCACUGGAAUCGGAUGCUUGGAUGCUGGCAGUGUGACGUCAGCCAACACAGUCAUUUGCGCACAAGACAGACGCACCGAGGGAUGCUCGCUUCCAGAUCUCAUGUCCUGCACUGUGGUCUGCCAAUCAACUUGGAAGAUGACCUAAAAGGGUGAUAUUUUGGCGCGAAUUGUUUGGACCCCUGAUGAUUCUCUAACCCGGACCCCCAGCAAAGCCUCAUAGAUGAUCUUUCCCCGUGCGACUUGGUGGCUGUGGUUGACAGAGGAGCGUCUGCAGACCCGGUAUGGCGCUGGCAAACAUGGUGCGUUUCUCUGACGUGGAAACUUUCUUGGACUCGCACCCGGAGUUGUUCGAGGAGUACUUGCACAGAAAGGGCACCUAUGGCAUGGUGGAGAAGUGGCUGAAGAACCACCCAGCCACCAAGGGUCCGGCGGCGUCGGGCGAGCGCAGGGACGACAAGGGCGCCGCGCCGAAGGACAGCUGGGCGAGCAGGUGUGAUGGUCUGCAGCGCCGGGCCUCGCAGAGAGAGCUGCGGAAAACUUUCGCCCGCUCCAAAGCCGUCAACGUCAACCGAACCUACGACGAGCACGUCAACUCGCGGGCGCAAGAGCCGCUGAGCAGCAUGCGGCGGCGAGCCCUGCUGAGGAAGGCGAGCUCCCUGCCGCCCACCACCGCGCACAUCCUCAGCGCGCUGCUGGAGUCCAGGGUCAACAUCCCCCAGUACCCGUCCACGGCCGUGGACUUCAAAUAUUACCUCAAGGAGAACCACGAGAGGGAGUUCUUCCUGGAGCUCGUCAAGGACAUCUCCAACGACCUGGACCUGACGAGCCUCAGCUACAAGAUCCUGGUCUUCGUGUGCAUCAUGGUGGACGCGGACCGGGGCUCCCUGUUCCUGGUGGAGGGCACCGGCAACAAGAAGACGCUGGUGUCCAAGUUCUUUGACGUGCAUGCGGGCACCACCGUGCUGCCCUCCAUGAACUCGGACGAGGUGCAGGUCCCCUGGGGGAAAGGAAUAAUCGGGUACGUGGCGGAGCACGGAGAGACCGUCAACAUUCCUGACGCCUACCAGGAUCGCCGGUUCAGCGAUGAAAUUGACAAGCUGACAGGGUACAAGACCAAGUCGCUCCUGUGCAUGCCCAUUCACAACAGCGAUGGCGAGAUCAUUGGCGUGGCUCAAGCCAUCAACAAGACUUUAAAUGGGGAACUCUUCACGGAAGACGAUGAAAAGGUGCUGCAGAUGUACCUGCCCUUCUGUGGCAUAGCUAUCUCAAAUGCCCAACUCUUUUCUGCCUCAAGGAAGGAGUAUGACAGGAGUCGGGCACUCCUGGAGGUCGUCAACGACCUGUUUGAAGAACAGACUGACCUGGAGAAAAUAGUCAGGAAGAUCAUGCACCGUGCCCAAACUUUGCUCAAGUGCGAGCGCUGCUCCGUCCAGUUGCUGGAGGACAUUGAGUCACCGGUGGUGAAGUUCACCAAAUCUUUUGAGUUAUUGUCUCCAAAGUGCAGUGCUGACACUGAAAUGAGCUUCAAGGACAGUAUGGAAAAGUCUUCUUAUUCUGAUUGGCUCAUCAAUAACAGCAUUGCCGAGCUGGUCGCAUCCACCGGACUUCCUGUAAACAUCAGCGACGCUUACCAGGAUCCACGCUUUGAUGCUGAGGCGGACCAGUUUUCAGACUUCCACAUCCGCUCAGUGCUUUGUGUUCCUAUAUGGAACAGCAAUCACCAAAUUAUUGGUGUGGCCCAGGUGUUGAACCGCCUUGAUGGGAAACCCUUUGAUGAUGCAGAUCAGCGUCUCUUUGAGGCAUUUGUGAUCUUUUGUGGACUGGGCAUCAACAACACCAUCAUGUACGACCAGGUGAAGAAGUCCUGGGCCAAACAGUCUGUGGCUUUGGAUGUUCUGUCUUACCACGCCACUUGCUCCAAGACUGAAGUUGACAAAUUCAAGGCCGCCAACAUCCCCCUGGUGUGCGAGCUGGGUAUUGACAUGCUCUCCUUUGAUGAUUUCUCCCUGGAUGUUGACGCCAUGAUAACCGCGGCUCUGAGGAUGUUUAUGGAGCUGGGAAUGGUCCCCAAAUUUAAGAUUGACUAUGAGACGCUGUGCAGAUGGCUGUUGACUGUCAGGAAAAACUACCGGAUGGUUCUGUACCACAACUGGAGACACGCCUUUAACGUGUGCCAGUGUAUGUUUGCCAUGCUCACGACGGCCGGUUUUCAGGAGACUCUGACAGAAGUAGAGAUGUUAGCUCUCAUAGUGGGCUGCGUGUGUCACGACUUGGACCACCGGGGCACCAACAACGCGUUCCAGGCGAAGACGGGCUCAGCUCUGGCGCUGCUUUAUGGCACCUCGGCUACACUGGAGCAUCACCACUUCAACCACGCUGUCAUGAUCCUGCAAAGCGAGGGUCACAACAUCUUCUCCAACCUCUCGUCGGCUGAAUACAGCAACUUGAUGCAGCUGCUCAAACAGUCCAUUCUGGCAACGGAUCUCACUCUUUACUUUGAGAACAGAAACACCUUCUUUGACCUUGUCACCAAAGGAGAUUACAACUGGAACGUGAAGGCCCACAGGGACAUGUGCAGGUCGAUGAUGAUGACGGCGUGCGAUCUCGGCGCCGCCACCAAACCUUGGGAAAUAUCCCGCAAAGUGGCAGAGUUAGUGACCAGCGAGUUCUUCGAGCAGGGCGACCGGGAGAGAUCCGAGCUCAAGCUCACGCCCUCGGCCAUCUUUGAUCGAAACAGAAAGGACGAGCUGCCUGGUCUUCAGUUGGAGUGGAUUGAUGGAAUUUGUGCUCCUCUCUACGAGAUUCUGGUCAAGUUGAAUCCUAAACUUCAGCCCAUGCUUGACAUGAUCCAAGCCAACAGGGCCAAGUGGGAGGAGCUCAACCACGAGCGACAACGGGGCCACGGCGUUCCCGCCCCUGCCGGCCCCUGCGGCGUCACUGAGGGCCCGGAGAACCUGGCCCGCACAGUCCACAAGACGGGCGGCGCUGCUGACCACUUGGCGUCUAAAUCUGUCGGUUAGCUUCCAGUUAGCCAGGCAGGGCGCACUUCUUCCAUCCUCUUCUCCAUGCUGGCCUUCAACUUGUGCAGCGCAUGCCAGCGUUCUCCUCGCACACCGGCUGGCACGUGUGCUAAAGGUUGUCUGCAGAGAUGGUCCACGCCGCCACCGCACCAGCCCACGCCAUGCAGGAAGUAUGUCAGCUCACUAUUCUGGCCAUCGCACACCAAGGCGUGGCCUAAUAUUGGGGAGGUGAUGCUUGUGGCCACUCUCUGUAAAAUGUGUACAUAGGCGUUUGAGAACCGUGUUGCGUUCAAGUGCGCUCCCAAAACUCUGGAUUGUCUUGUGGCCGUAGAAGGAUGAAGUGUUGCAGGAGAGGCGGCUGCAAUCUUCCACUUCCUUCCCUCUUGUGCCUUGUUUCAAACAGUCCCGUGGAAAAUGCAUGCCCUCCUAACACACACACACAAACACACACACGCACACACACAUAGACACUUACACACACACACACACACACACACACACGCACGCACACCCACACACACACACACACACACACACACACACACACACACACACACACACACACACACACACACAAACAUUCUCGUAUGUUACCUUCUUGAGACAUCCAAAAAUAUAAAAAAGCUUGUUGUAAAAUAUUAGUUGGAAUUUCACAAGAAAAAGAUUACAAUUUUCUGAGGAAAAAAUGAUAAUAAAUGCAUACCGUAUUUCAUUGAAUUGCCGCCGGGGCGCUAAUUAAUUUAAAUAAUAAUUUAAAACCUCUUCUCACUCCGGCGCUUACCAAAGGCAUGUGGUAAAUUUAAGCCUGCACUUAUAAAUUUGAGUGUGAUGUAAGGAUACCAUCAUGAAAAGCACAUUUAAUAAAAAAAACGUUAUUAUGGUCUUACCUUUACUUAUAAAUGAAGUCCAUGCGCAGCUCCUUCUGAUCAAAAGCAUCGAUAACUUGUUUAUAGAAGUCUUCUUUAUCUUUCUUCAGUUUAAAAAGUCUCUCUGUCUCGAUGGAGAGCUUCCUUUAUUUUAUUUUAGAUAUGUAAUCCUCCAUGUUAAAAGUGCAAGCGAGAGGAAAAAAUAAAGGAUCGCUGCUCACUCUUGCUGCUUGUUGUCACUUCUUCUGCAGCCGAGUAGUCGCAAGAAGGAUCACUAGCGCCCUCUACCACCAGGAGGCGGGAGUCAUUUAAUGACUCAUAUUUGACACACGCAGCUACGGUAUAUUAAUAAAACAUAGCUGCUUACUGUUCUUUUUAGCAUAUUCAAUAGCUUGGACCUUAAAUCCUACAGAAUAGCUCUUAAUCUUCUUCCCUUAAUGCGAUUUCAAAUGAUUGAAAUCAGCCUCCUCCAUUUUGAAAAUGAUGACAGGUGAAGUGUCACUCGUGACGUGACGAGUUUGACCCGGUGGAAAUUCUAGGCAGGUGCACACUAUAUACCCGGCGGUAUUUCAAGGAUAUACAGUAAUUAUAAUAGAAGUCGUAAUUUUACUCAAGGCAAGUCAAAGUUUUACAACAAAAACUGGGCAUUAGUACAAUAAAAGUAGGAAUUUCCCUCAAUAACAGUCACGAUUUUACAAGAAAAGCUUAACAUUCCGGCAUUUUUACAAAGAGUCGUAAUUUUGCUCGUCAAAAGUCACCACUUUUAUAAGAAAACUUUAAAAUGUUGGCCAAAUUAUAAUAAUAAUCUGAAUUUUAGCUUUGCAAAAUUAUGACCAAAAGUCAUAAUUUAAAAAAAUUUCAGUUUUACAAGAACAAAAGAUGGCAGUAUUGGGACAAUAGUCAGAAUUUUAUGACAAAUGUCACCAUUUUGCAUUAAAAAGUAAUAAUUUCAUGAGAAAAUAUUGCAAUAUUACAGAAACAGAAAGAAUAUGAGAAAAUGUUCCCAGUUUUAUAAGAAAAAAGUCGACGCAUUGUGAGAAAGACUACUUUGUUAUUUUUUUUAUUUUUAUUCUUUGUUUGUAAUUGUUUUUUAAUCUUCAUUAUUGACUUCAAGUUAUUACAGUAUGUCUCUAUAUACUUAUUUUUUUAAUACAUUUUGGCCAAAAGGGGCACAUUUUUAUUUCUUGCAAACACUUGUUAUUUCAUAUGUUGACCAGAAGGGGGAGCACUUUUAAAAGUGACACCGUCAAUUUGAAAAAGCCCUCCUUUUUGGGAGCACCCUCCGUUUGAUAGACGUCACCAGCAGGGGUGCAAGUGAGACAUUCUCUAUUGGGACCAUGAUUUAUGUCACCUCCUCAUAUGGAAGCUACUUUUCCUUGUUGAUGUCUCAAGAAGGGUAGAAAUACAAGAACACACACACACACACCUCUGAUGGAUCUUGUCCCAUCAUCAGCGUGAUUCAAAGGUCCUUAAGGGUGCAGACUGUUUUCAUCACUUAGCCUUCAUGAACCCAACAAAACAUUUAGAUUUUUAACUUUUUAACUGAAAAGGUUUCACUAAAACAUAAGCAAGCAGGAAUUACAGCACAGUGAUUUAGUACCUUCAUUUUUCAGGGGAUCAAAAAAUGUAUUUCUUUUUUGUCCCAAGGCGAUGAUUCCUCCUUUGAGAAGCACGAUGAAAGUAACAGGAGUGAGUUUUUAGCGUAGAAUGAUCAAAUACAAACAACUUAUUGAUAUUAAUCACGUCACAGCGAUUCAACAAAAUACACAACUAGCAUCAAAAGAUAAUAUUCAGUACUGUGUGAUAAGAACGAUCUUCUCAGUAGAAACAGAAGACACAUUCAACUUAAUGGCAAAGACUUCUUCCCGGGACGAACAUAACAACUGGACAGCACAGUUAUCAGCGUUUAAUGUUAAAUAAUGAACAUUUAUUUUAUUGUUAAACCUUUAUGUACUCAAAAAAGUACAGAAAAUUGUUGCUGCUGAGUACUGUUAUUAAUUCCAAAGUUCUGGGAAAAAAGUACUCAUCGAUAUUUGAUGGCUGCAAAGGAUUUUUUUUUAUCCAAGUAUUAAAAAAGAUUGUAUUUACUAGGGGGGUAACGGUACACAAACAUUUUGGUUCGGUACAUACUUCGGUUUAGAGGUCACAGUUUGGUUCAUUUUCGGUACGGUAAGAAAACAACAAAAUAUAAUUUUUUUGUUUUUUUAUUUACCAAAUUUGCAAAAUCUUCCAAUUCUUAGUGGAAUAUUUGAUGUGAAGUAAUGGGAACCUUGGAUAGGUCAAUAAUUCUUAAUAACAUUGAUUUUGAUUCAAUAUUAUGUUUUGAGCAAUGACAGCUUGAAAGAAAAAAAAACACAGCUUUGUUUUAUUAGUCAACAUUGCAACUUUUUCUAAAUGACAUUUAACCUUCAAGCUUUUUUAUUUCACUUUUGUUUAUGUUUUUGUUUAUUUUAAUAGUAGUUUUAGAAUGUGCCGUGGGCCUUUAAAACAUUAGCUGGGGGCCACAAAUGACCUGCGGGGCACACUUUUGACACCCCUGCUUUAGAUAAUAAAAAAUCAAAUCUGAUAAAUCAAUAGAUGAAAAUCCGAGCCUGGCGACACAUGAGCGGUCAUCAUAACUCUCUCUCUCUCUCUCUCUCUCUCUAUCUCUCUCUCUCUCUCUCUCUCUCUCUGCCCCUCCUUCACAAAUGCUGCUGAGCGCACAAUUGGUUUUGUUUUUAACUCCUUCCUAACCCUCAACAUACAUUGUUAAUACACGCAACCACAACUCAAAUUGCCGGACAUUUGAGGCAUUUAAGAAACUCUGCCCUGACCGUCCGGCAAAAGAGGACAUGUCCGGUGCUAGCAGUGACCGGACUACGAUAAACUGACCAUACCUCCUCUUUUCACCGGAUAUGUCCUCUUUGGCAGGGCUGUCCGGGUGGAGUUUCUUAAAUGCCUCAAAUGUCCGGCAUUUUGAGUAUUGUUUACGCUACUUAAUAUGUCCGUUGAGAAACUCGUUCGGUACACCUCUGCACCGAACCGAAACGGUUCAAUACAAAUACACGUACCGUUACACCCCUAGUAUUUAGAAAUAUGCCCGCCCCUUAAAACAGAGAUGAACGUGUUAAAGAUGAUUAUAUUUGUUUGUAUUUUUAGACUUAGACUUCCUUUUUAUUGUCAUUCAGAUUUGAACUUUACAGCACAGAUAAGAACGGAAUUUUGUUGCAUUAGCUCAUGGUAGUGCAGGAUAUCCAUUAUUUUUGGUACGAAAUAUAGGAUUUUGAAGCAAAACAAUGUCUAGCUGCAAUCAAACAACUAGAUGAGACCAAAGCAAUCAUUGCGCACUGUUCAGUAUCGUGGCCACUGAUUGGCUCAGCCCUAAGCAGCAUUACAACAACUGACUAAGCAGCAUUACAACAACUAACUAAGCAGCAUUACAACAACUGACUAAGCAACAUUACAACAACUGACUAAGCAGCAUUACAACAACUGACUAAGCAGCAUUACAACAACUGACUAAGCAGCAUUACAACAACUGACUAAGCAGCAUUACAACAGCUGACUAAGCAGCAUUACAACAACUGACUAAGCAGCAUUACAACAACUGACUAAGCAGCAUUACAACAACUGACUAAGCAGCAUUACAACAACUGACUAAGCAGCAUUACAACAACUGACUAAGCAGCAUUACAACAACUGACUAAGCAGCAUUACAACAACUGACUAAGCAACAUUACAACAACUGACUAAGCAGCAUUACAACAACUGACUAAGCAGCAUUACAACAACUGACUAAGCAGCAUUACAACAACUGACUAAGCAACAUUACAACAACUGACUAAGCAGCAUUACAACAACUGACUAAGCAGCAUUACAACAACUGACUAAGCAGCAUUACAACAACUGACUAAGCAGCAUUACAACAACUGACUAAGAGUACACAAUGCUGUUAUUCUCAUGAUUUAAAAAUGUUUGAUUUAUUUAGGCGAGGGAGGUCAAGUUUUGUGUUAUAUAUAACUUGCUCAGUGGCACAGUGGUUAGAGCAGGGGUCAGCAACCUUUUUGAAAGCAAGAGCUACUUCUUGGGUACUGAUUAAUGCCAAGGGCUCCCAGUUUGAUACACACUUCAAUAAAUAGCCAGAAAUAGCCAAUUUGCUCAAUUUACCUUAAACUCUAUGUUAUUAUUAAUGAAUGAUAUUUAUCUUUGUGGAAACACUGAUCAUCUUAAUGAUUUCUCACAAUAUGUUUGAUGACAUGUUUUAAAUAGGUUAAAAUCCAAUCUGCACUUUGUUAGAAUAUAUAACAAAUUGGACCAAGCUAUAUUUCUAACAAAGACAAAUCAUUAUUUCUUCUAGAUUUUCAAGAACAAAAAUUUAAAAAUAAAUUCAAAAGACUUUGAAAUAAGAUUUAAAUUUGAUUCUACAGUUUUUCUAGAUUUGCCAGAAUAUUUCCAUUUUUAUUUUAAUCAUAAUAAGUUUGAAGAAAUAAUUCACAAAUAUUCUGUCGAAAAAAUAGCAGCUAAAAUGAAGAAUUAAAUAAAAAUGUAUUUAUUAUUCUUUACAAUCAAAAAAUAAUAAUUUACUUGAACAUUAAUUUAAAUUGUCAGGAAAGAAGAGGAAGGAAUUUAAAAGGUAAAAAGGUAUAUGUGUUUAAAAAUCCUAAAAUCAUUUUUAAGGUUGUAUUUUUCUCUAAAAUUGUCUUUCUGAAAGUUAUAAGAAGCAAAGUGAAAAAAAAAAAAAGAAUUUAUUUAAACAAGUCUUUAAAAUAUUUUCUUGGAUUUUCAAAUUCUAUUUGAGUUUUGUCUCUCUUAGAAUUAAAAAUGUCGAGCAAAGCGAGACCAGCCUGCUAGUAAAUAAAUACAAUUUAAAAAAUAGAGGCAGCUCACUGGUAAGUGCUGCUAUUUGAGCUAUUUUUAGAACAGGCCAGCGGGCGACUCAUCUGGUCCUUACGGGCGACCUGGUGCCCGCCUUGGUGACCCCUUGGUUAUAGUGUGUGGUUGUGAGUUCAAACCCUGGCCGAGUCAUACCAAAGACUAUAAAAAUGGGAGCCAUUAUUACCUCCCCGCUUGGAACUCAGCAUUAAGGCUUGUAAUUGGGAGUUAAAUCACCGAAAAAUGAUUCCUGGGUGUGGCCACUGAUGCUGCUCACUGCUCCCCUCACCUCCCAGGGGGGGAACAACGGUGAUGGGUCACCACAAGUUUCACCACACCUAGUGCGUGUGUGGCCCUGCGAUGAGGUGGCGACUUGUCCAGGGUGUACCCUGCCUUCCGCCCGAUUGUAGCUGAGAUAGGCGCCAGCACCCCCCGCGACCCCGAAAGGGAAUAAGCGGUAGGAAAUGGAUGUAUUUUGUGUGUGUGUGUGUGUGUGUGUGUGUGUGUGUUGUGUGUUGUGUGUUGUGUGUGUGUGUGUGUGUGUGUGUGUGUGUGUGUGUGUGUGUGUGUGUGUGUGUGUGUGUGUGUGUGUGACUAUCAUUGGUACUUUAACUUAACUUCCAGCCAUCCAUUGUCUACCGCUUGUCCCUUUUGGGGGUGCUGGCGCCUGUCUCAGCUGCAUACGGGCGGAAGGUGGCGUACGCCCUGGACAAGUCUUCAACACAGACAGACAGCAUUCACACAUUUAGUGCUGCCAAUCAACCUCUCCCCAGGUGCAUGUCCUUGACUUAAUAUGGAAAGAUCCAUCCCGCACGUCACAGGUGACGUCACGCUAACAUCACGUGACACCUCGGACGAAGGCUGCAGAGGCGAGGUCGCCGAAACUUGUCAGAAAGGCUGGUCCUAAAGAGGGAGGCAUUUUUCUCAGGUCCCAAGAAGAAAGGCUGGUCCUAAAGAGGGAGGCAUUUUUCUCAGGUCCCAAGAAGAAAGGCUGGUCCUAAAGAGGGAGGCAUUUUUUGCAGGUCUCAAGAAGUGGGAGGAGCUGCCUGGCCACCCUCCCUCCUCUGCCUUCACCCAGCUUGACAACAACCAUCACCUCCAUUGGCACAGGGGAGGAGAGCCUCCGUGACCUUUGACCCUGAAGGCGUGGCACAAUGAUCCCCGCCCCUCCCCGCCCAAAAUGACGUCUCAAAGGAGAAGAAGCAGCUGCCGUCAGACAGUCCAGAGUGAAAAGAAGAAACUUAUAAGUACAGUAGUUGCACUUUAUGCAGGACGCCGGUGUUGACAAAAAAGAUAGUGCACAACAAAGUAGUUAGUUUGUUGUGCCCAACAAAGUAGUUAGUUUGGCGUGCAGCUCCUCAUUCUGCACAGUCCAGCGACCACAUGAAGAAUCUCACAUGCUCGUGACUCAGUCUGUUUUUUUUGUGUUUGUUUUUUACAGAGUACAACAGCAGAAUAAAAUAAGUUACGAGGGCAA